GGCAAGACAGCGAGCUCCGAGUCAUCUGGCAAGACAGCGAGCUCCGAGUCAUCUGGCAAGACAGCGAGCUCCGAGUCAUCUGGCAAGGCAGCGGGCACUGAGUCAUCUGGCAAGGCAGCGGGCACCGAGUCAUCUGGCAAGGCAGCGGGCACCGAGUCAUCUGGCAAGGCAGCGGGCACCGAGUCAUCUGGCAAGGCAGCGGGCACCGAGUCAUCUGGCAAGGCAGCGGGCACCGAGUCAUCUGGCAAGACUGCGGGCACCGAGUCAUCUGGCAAGACUGCAGGCACCGGGUCGUCAAGUUUGACAGCGGGCAACGAGUCAUCUGGCAAGACAGCGGGCACCGAGUCAUCUGGCAAGACAGCGGGCACCGAGUCAUCUGGCACGACAGCGGGUACCGGGUCAUCUGGUUCGACAGUGGGCACCGGGUCAUCUGGCUCGACAGCGGGCACAGAGUCACCUGGCAUAAUAGGAUCAUCAGGCUGGAUCAGUUCAUCAGGCUGGGUAGAGACAUCAGGCUGGGUAGAGACAUCAGGCUGAAUUGUGGGCACC